AUGGUACGGGGAGUAACCGGCGACGCCGCGGGAAGUAGCGCCGCCGAGCGGGGGAGGGGGGCAGCCGCGCCACCGCAGUCUGCAACGUGGCAGCGGGUGCGGAGGGCCGGGCAGGGGGCGGCGGCGCACGCGCUGCUACUCUGCUUCACCGCGCUCCUCGCGCUCAAGCUCGACGGCGUCCUCUCGCUCUCCUGGUGGAUGUGUGGUGCUUUAAUGCCUGGACAUGGAGAAACUAUAACCGACGAAGCAAUUUGGGAGAGGCUUCCUUACUUCUGGGUUGCAAUUUCCAUGGUAUUUCUACUUGCGGCUACUUCACUCAUGUUUCUGAAGUUAUGUGGUGAUGCAGUUACUCUGGGGUGGUGGGAUUUAUUAAUUAAUUUUGGGAUUUCCCAGUGCUUUGCUUUUCUAGCAUGCACAAGAUGGUCAAAUCCAAUGGACAUUGGAGGUCCUGUAUUGAUAAUUCCUAUAGUAGUUUUUCAAGUUCUUCUUUGUAUGCGCUUAGAGGGCACUCCAUCUAAUGCACGUUUUAUCCCAAUUCGAGCUAUUUUUCUACCCAUAAUUUUGCUGCAAGUGGCUGCUGUAUCUUUUGCUGUUUGGAGAUUCUUCAACAGGCUUCUUACUAAACUUAAAGAUGGAACUAUCAGUCAAGCACAUAUUUCUGUGUCCUCCAAAGUUGAUGAGCUAUUUAUGAUGAUACAAUAUGGUUCAAGGCUCCUUCACUGGUGGUCUAUUGAUGAAGAUAGCAAAGAGGAACAGGCUCACUUAUGCUAUGCAAAUAAUAUUGGCUAUAGUACUUUUUGCAGUUAUCCACCAGAGGUGGUAAAAGAGAUGCCAAAGGAAGUUCUUGUCAAAGAGGUACAGAGACUUCAACUGACCUUGGAAGAGCAAACUGAAAUGGCAAAUCAUAGCCAACAGCAGUGUGAUAGGCUAAGAAAUGUUGGGGAUACAUAUAGGAUAGCUUGCUUGAGCCUUAAGAAAGCUACAACAUAUUCUAGAGAUGCUAAAGUAUAUGCUAGGGAUAAAGGUAAGGGCUGA